UCAAUUCUGUUUGCUCCUUGUCACCUUCUCAAAAUACUCCAAGUAAAGCGUGUUGCAGCUGCUUCUUUCUGCUCCAUCGCUGAUGGAAAGGUACCGAAGACUGUGGGUAUUUCGCGGCACCUGAUUGGCUACUUCUGCUCGAAUGCGUAAAAGCUGUCCCAUUCAUGAAGGUACGUACAUCCACCUGAACCGUUGAUAUCAUGAUGCUUCGAUCAGACUCAACUUGAUCAAAUUCGCCUUUAAUCUUGCAACUGCCCACUACUGAGCAUCCAAUUUCUACUUUAUUUUACUCAAAUAAUGCCCUGGCUUUGACUGGAUGAGUGAGAACCGUCAGUUAUAGCGAGAAUGGCGGAUUCUUGCCCAGCUCGGCAUGAACCAACGCUCUCCUUCACUCAAGGCCUCAUAGUAGGCCAGCUCUCUGUUGUCCUCAUCCUAGCCGCCUUCAUCAAAUUCUUCAUCUUCGGCGAGGCCCCCUCGCCCGACGUGGCCGCCUCGCUCCGAGCCACGGAGCGAAGAUCGCGGACUCUCGCCCACAAGCAGUCUCUGCUGCGCCUCCGCUCGCCCAGCCAGCGCGUCGGCCAGCCGCUCAACCGCAAGAAGUCGACGGUCCUGCGCAGCCCGCCGACGCUCACCAUCGGCUCCAUCCUCAGCAAGACGUACUACAACGUCGACAGCCACCAGCCCGAGAGCCUCGACUGGUUCAACGUGCUCAUCGCCCAGACCAUUGCCCAGUUCCGCAGCGACGCCCAGCACGACGACGCCAUCCUCAACUCCCUCACCAAGACGCUCAACGGCGACUCGCGGCCCGACUUUGUCGACGAGAUCCGCGUCACCGAGCUCAGCCUGGGCGAGGAGUUCCCCAUCCUCAGCAACUGCCGCAUCAUCCCCGUCGACGAGGACGGCAUCAGCCUGGGCAGCCAUGCAAAGUUUGAUCCCGCCACCGCCGCCCGCGACGGCACUCGCCUCCAGGCCCGCAUGGACGUCGACCUCAGCGACAUGCUCACCCUCGCAGUAGAGACGAAGCUCCUCCUCAACUAUCCCAAAAAGCUGUCUGCGGUCCUCCCGGUAGCCUUGUCCGUCUCGGUGGUGAGGUUCAGCGGCACGCUGUCUAUAUCGUUCAUCCCGAGCAACCCUUCCCAGUCCACUCCGACCAUGAUGGCAUUCAACUUCCUCGACGACUACCGGCUAGACUUUUCCAUCAGGAGCCUGCUCGGGAGCCGCUCGCGGCUCCAAGACGUGCCCAAAAUCGCACAGCUGAUCGAGUCUCGGCUGCACAGAUGGUUUGAUGAGCGGGCAGUGGAGCCACGAUUCCAGCAGAUUGCGCUGCCGAGCCUGUGGCCCAGGAAAAAGAACACCAGAGGGCCCGACGAUGCCAUGGCAGAUGGGGGUGCAGCUUCUUCUGGCCUCUCCAAGGGCAAAGAGAGAGAUUCCUCAGUGGGGGCUGAUGGCCGGGAACAGGCUACUCUACGACACCGUCGACCUUUGGGCGACGAUGAGUACACCAAGGAAGGGUCUCUCCGCAGCCUUAGCAGGGAUACGAGGAUCUAGAGUAUGAGUUAUAUUCUUUCUUUGCUGAGGCGGAGACUGCCACUCCAAAG